AUGCCCAAAGCAAUCAAAAAAGCAGCGAAAAAAGAAGACAAUAAGGCCGGUGGCAGUGCUAAAAGUAGUAGCACCAAAUUUCCAACCUUGGCACAAAAGAACUUUCUUCGUGUGGACGAACUCGAGCCUGAUCAAAUCUACGUGAUUCCCAAAUUCUUGAAUGCCAAAGAGUGCGAUCAAUUAGUUCAGUAUUUCGAGACUCAUUUGCCGCCUAUUGCUAGUGCCGGUGGAAAACCUAAACGUGGGUAUGCGUUUCGCAACAAUGAUCGACAAUCAAUUCAAGAUUCAAGCGUCGCAAACACAUUGUGGAAAGGAAUGCAACAAGUGGUCCAAGAGUCGCCUAUCAGCCAAGCAAAGAUACCCAAAGGAUUGAAUUCUAACAUCCGGAUAUACCGUUAUAGGAAGGGUCAUUCAUUUGGUGCUCACUACGAUGAAAGCGUACAAGAUGAAACAACUGGUUUAUGGACUGAUUGGACGCUACUGAUCUAUCUGAAUGAAGACAUGAAAGGUGGCGAAACAGUGUUCUAUAAGAAUGAUAAUCGGAAAUCCGAUCCGAUAGUGGUACAGCCGAAAAAAGGGAUGGCUUUGCUCCAUCGACAUGGUACACACUGUUUGCUACAUGAAGCAAUGGAAGUCAUUGAAGGCAGUAAAUGGGUGUUGAGAAGCGACGUCUUGGUGUAG